GAAGCGGUUGCAAAUUCAAAUUCGGUUGUAAAGAUUUAAGCUUUUUUUUGUCUCCUCAGACGUGGUGGCUAACAACAACGACAGAGAACCAUUUAUAGAGCUUCAUGUGGUGAAACGAAGGAUUUUCCCAAGUGGGUUGCACCUGGAGAUCACAGGUCCAUCGGAGAAUGGCACUGAAUCAGGAUGAAAUAAUAGAAGGAAUGGAGAUUAAAAUGGAAGUAGAAGAAGAGGCAACCAAAUCUGAAGUGCAGGUAGAUGUUGCUGGCAGUGAAGAGUCAGAUAAAGCCUUGUCCAAUAGUAACCUCGCAACACCUAAAAGGGGGCGGGGUAGGCCACCCAAAAAUGGAUCGGUCUCCAAGUCAGAUACAUCCUUGUCGAAUGGUAACCCCUCAAUACCUAAGAGGGGAAGGGGUAGGCCACCCAAAAAUGGAUCAGUCUCCAAGUCGGAUAAAUCCUUGUCGAAUGGUAACCCCUCAACACCUAAAAGAGGUAGACCUAAAGGAUCAGUGUUUAUGAAAACCAAGAUGCUGAAGGUGAUCGGCCUCGCGGCGGCUUGCCUACCACGAAAACCAGUUGACCCCUCCCCAAAGAAGCGUGGCCGGCCCAGUAAAGUUCAAUCGACAAGGAAGAGCCUAACACCCAAGGGUGAAGAGGAUAGAAAUAAACUGGAAAGCCAACUAAGGCGGCCACUCGGAAGGCCGCGUAUCUAUCCACGCAAUGAUUCUCCAGUCACUGAACCCAGGGGAAGAGGUCGCCCACGCAAGACGGAGGAUGCCUCCAAGUCCCCCAUCUAUGGUGGUCCCCCACGGAAAAGGGGCCGUCCCCCUGGUGCAGCAAACAAAUUUAAGAGGGGGGCAGAGCAGGAUCAGGACAACGGUGAACCUCCAGUCAAAAGCUCCUUCCACGCCAAAGAAAAGAGCAAGGAAGCAGGAUUUCCACCAGUGGAAGAAAGUGAUCAGGAAGAUGAAACCGGGAGGGUGGAUCAAGAAAGUGAAAAGUGGAAGGUGGAAUAUAGAGAAGAUCCCAAGAAGCCAGUUACCCCCAGUGACCCCACUAGCUUUCUCUGGGCAAGCCACAAAACACCUAAGAGAGGUCGACCUAAAGGAUCAGUCUCCAAGUUAGGGGCUAGCCCCAUAACACCUAAGAGAGGUAGACCUAAAGGAUCAGUCUCCAAGUUAGGGACUAGCCCCAUAACACCUAACAGAGGUAGACCUAAAGGAUCAGUCUCCAAGUUAGGGGCUAGCCCCAUAACACCUAACAGAGGUAGACCUAAAGGAUCAGUCUCCAAGUUAGGGGCUAGCCCCAUAACACCUAACAGAGGUAGACCUAAAGGAUCAGUCUCCAAGUUACUGGGUAGCCCCAUAACACCUAAGAGAGGUAGACCUAAAGGAUCAGUCUCCAAGUUAGGGGCUAGCCCCAUAACACCUAACAGAGGUAGACCUAAAGGAUCAGUCUCCAAGUUACUGGGUAGCCCCAUAACACCUAACAGAGGUAGACCUAAAGGAUCAGUCUCCAAGUUACUGGGUAGCACCAUAACACCUAAGAGAGGUAGACCUAAAGGAUCAGUGUUUACACAACCCAAGAUACUGAAGGCAACGGGUGAGCCGCCGCGAGGCCAACCUCGAGAUGUGGUUGACCUCUCCCUUGAUAAGCAUGGCCGGCCCAGUAUAGCUCAAUUGAAAAGGGGAAGGCCAAAGAAGAUACUAACACCCGAUGAGGAAGAAGAGCUAAAGAAACUGGAAAGCCAACCAAGAAGACCAUGCGGAAGGCCACGUAUCUAUCCCUGCGAUGAUCCUCCAGUCACUGAGCCCAGGGGAAGAGGUCGCCCUCGCAAGACUGACGCUGCUGCCACCAAGUCCCCCAUCUAUGAUGUUCCCCCAAGGAAAAGGGGCCGUCCUCCUGGUGCAGCAAACAAAGUUAAGAGGGGGGCAGAGCAGAAUAAGGACAACGGUGAACCUCCAGUCAAACGCUCCUUCCACGCCAAAGAAAAAAGCGAGGAAGCAGGAUUUCCACCAGUGGAAGAAAGUGAUCAGGAAGAUGAAACCGGGAGGGUGGAUCAAGAAAGUGAAAAGUGGAAGGUGGAAUAUAGAGAAGACCCCAAGAAGCCAGUUACCCCCAGUGACCCCACUAGCUUUCUCUGGGCAAGCCACAUAACGCCUAAGAGAGGGAGGCCGAAAGGAUCCAUUUCCAAGUUACUGGGCAGCCCCAUACCACCUAAGAGAGGGAGGCCGAAAGGAUCAGUAUUUACACAACCCAAGAUACUGAAGGUGAUGAAGCCACUGCGUGGCCGACCCCGAAAAGUGGUUGCCCCCUCCCCUAAUAAGUGUGGCCGGCCCAGUAAAGUUGAAUCGAUAAGGAAGAGCCUAACACCCAAGGGGGAAGAGGAUAAACUGGAAAGCCAACUAAGGCGGCCCCCCGGAAGGCCGCGUAUCUAUCCACGCAAUGAUUCUCCAGUCACUGAACCCAGGGGAAGAGGUCGCCCACGCAAGACGGAGGAUGCCACCAAGUCCCUCAUCUAUGAUGGUCCCCCACGGAAAAGGGGCCGUCCCCCUGGUGCAGCAAACAAAGUUAAGAGGGGGGCAGAGCAGAAUAAGGACAACGGUGAACCUCCAGUCAAAUGCAACUUUCACACCAAAGAAAAAACAGAGGAAGCGGGAUUUCCACCAGUAGAAGAAAGUGAUCAGGAAGAUGAAACGGGGAGGGUGGAUGAAGAAAAUGAAACGGGGAAGAAUAUAGAGAAGUCACCACGAAGCCAGUUACCCCCAGUGACUGUAAUAGCUUUAUCGGUGCCAUAAGCAGGAUAAUGUUUGGCGACAGCUCAGCCAGCGACGGUACCCCUUUAUCUAGUUUGUAAAAAUGUGUGUGCCAGUAUAGCCUAAUUUUUGAUAGAAAACUACAUGACCAGAUGAGGGUGGCCUGUUAGGGUGACCACUGUCAUGAACAUACACAGAAAAAAGAAAAAAAACGCAGCAUGUAAAGUGUUGCUCCCAUGUUUCAUGAGCUGAAAUAAAAUCAGACAUUUUAAAUACGCACAAAAAGCAACUCAAAUUGUGCAAAAAGUGUGUUUACAUUCCUGAUAGUGAGCAUUUCUCCUUUGCUAGGAUAAAUCCAUCCACCAGACAGGUGUGCCAUAUCAAGAAGCUGAUUAAACAGCAUGAUCAUUACACAGGUGCACCUUGUGCUGGGGACAUAAACGACCAUUAAAAUGUGGGGUUUCGUCACACAAGUUGCGUAUGCAAUGUUGACUGCAGCAAUGUUCACCAGAGCUAUUGCCACAAUUUCAUUUUAUCGAUGGUAAUUUGAAUGCACAGAGAUAGUGUGACAACAUCCGGAGGCCCAUUGUUGUGCCAUGUAUCUGCCACCAUCACCUCAUGUUUCAGCAUGAAAAUGCACAGCCCCAAGUCAAAGAUCUGUACACAAUUCCUGGAAGCUGUAAAUGUACCAGUUAUCCCAUGGCCGGCAUACUCACCAGACAUGUCACCCAUUGAGCACAUUUGGGAUCCUCUGGAUCAACAGCAUGUUCCAGGUUCCGCCAAUAUCCAACAACUUCACACAGCCAUUUAAGAGGAGUGGGACAACAUUCCACAGGCCACAAUCAACAGCCUGAUCAACUCUAUACGAAGGAGAUGUCAUGCUGCAUGAGGCAAAUACUGACUGGUUAUGAGCCACACCCCUGCUUGUUUUAAAGGUAUCUGUGACCAAAAGAUGCAUAUCUAUUCCUAGUCAUGUGAAAUCCAUAGAUAAAAAAGGUCUAAUUCAUUUAUUUCAAUUGACUAAUUUCCUUAUAUGAACUGCACUUCAUGUUGAAUUUUUAUUUUUGUUCAGUGUAGAUAUUGCAUUCACCUUUUUAUGGGGUUAAAAUGGUUGUUAUUUGGACUGUGCAACUUUCAAUUCAACAUCCCUAAAAAUGUAUCCAUUAAGAUGUACAGACAUUCACUUCUGUGAGGGUUUUGUUCACUUAUAUUAUCCUUGUAGUUUUCUUAACAUUACUCAGAUCUUUAGGAUUUAGACUACUGUACUUCGUUGGCUGCCAGUCCUGAUAACUACUUUUUGAUUGUACCUGGGCCCAGUUUUCCAAAAGCAUCUUAAGGCGAAGUUCAUAGUUCGAGCCAUAGGAUCCUAUGGUUCUCAUGAACGUAGCCUUAAAAUGCUUUUGGAAAACUGGGCCCAGAGGAGUAACAUUUGAAACGGGGACAGCUUGUGUGAGAUUUUUCUAGGUUGGUCUCAAUUGAGUCUUCACAUUUUAGUCAACAUUUUCUAUAAUCAUGUUAUCGUCUUGUCGGUGACAUUUUAAUGUCUGAGGGUAGUAUGAAUGAGUUGUUUUCAGUGACUAAAUUGUGUAAGUUUACUGCAGUAAAAUGUCAGUCGUAUUACAUUGAUGGUUUUUUAAAUCUCAAUAAAAAGCACAAAAAAA